UUGCGUUGCUUUCUCUUUUGUUUCUGGUAAAAGUGAGGCAGGCACUCACGUCUCACGCUCUGACCUGCCUGGGAACGGCCGCCCUCCGGCGCGGUCUGAGCAGAAGAGGAAACACCAGGCAUGGGAAGCUGUGCUGAGCACCGGGGCUGCCACCACGCCUGAGAGGGGCACUCAUUGGGUGCUGGGGGAUUGGGCAGCCAGGAAGGGCAGAGAAGCCCUGAAUCCGGAGUGGGACACCCCGGGUGGGCGAUGCUGGGGUGGCUGCUGGCAGCACUGGUGGCGGGCGGUAAGUGUUGCUGCGGUGCUGGGAGAUGAGAGAUAACUUCAGAAGACUUUCAGUGAGUGAUUCGGGGGUGAUAAGGCCAAGGGAGGUGGUGCUGCGAUGGAGAUGCUCACCCAAAACCACAGGGAUGGAGUAAAGGCGGUGAAUCCCUGCUGGCAGCGGGCAGGACUGGGGUGAGCAGCACCAGUAUCACUGGGGAUGGGGGAAGUGAGGGGUCUUGGUGAGAAUCGCUCAUGUGGCUGCUCCAAUACCCCAGUCGAGCAGCAUGGUGAUCAGGCAACAGCUACAGCGCUGCUCCUUCAGUGCAUGGGAAAGGGUAUGGGAUGCGGGAGCCCCCAGACACUGCCCUAUACCACAGGCACCAUCACAGCCCAGAACUUCUCCUGCUGGAAGAAAUGCAACUCCCUCAACUCUUUCCACUGCUCCUGGUCACCCCUCGGCCCUGCUGGCAACACCUCCUACUCCCUGAAUCUCUGCUGGCAGCACAAAGGGUGUAGCCAGUUUGAUGCACACAAGAUGACAAACUACAAACUGCCACAUCACAAGCUGUACAUCUUAAACAACGCUGUGGCCUGGGUAGAGGCAAGCUGGGAAGGCCACGUCCACAGGACCCCCAAUAUCACAUUUGUCUUCAACGAGGCCGAAAAGCCAGAUCCACCUCCCUCACGGGUGCCCUUCUCCAAGACUGACGGCCAGCUGAGGCUGCGGGUGCCACGGCCACAGUGCCCUGGCAUGGACCAGCCAGCAGAGCGGGAGGCUCGAUCCUGGAGGGCAGGAGACAGCGGCUGGACACAAUUUUCUUUACAGGUGGAAUGUAUGACCGUGAUGGUGAAAGAUGAAGAUGACUCAGUGAACUGUACCCUGAAGGGGAAUGGCACCUUUGUGGUCCAGCUACGGCAAAAGACCUGGAGCAGCUACUGGAGUGACUGGAGCAGCAACAUCUCUGUUCCCGAGGAAAUCCUGGAGAGCCCAGUGCUGAGCCACCAACUGGAAAAACUAGGAAGACAUGGGCAGCGGGUGCUGAGGCUGAGCUGGCAGCCAGUCCUCAAGGGACAAAGGGAUGUCAACUACACACUGCACGCCCACAUGCCAGCGUGUGGCUGUGCUGAGCUGGACGAGGAGGACAUUGUGGUGCUGGGGUGGGAGGUGAGGGAGUACAACCUCACCCUGUCUGGAGCUGAAUACGAAAUCCUGCUGAGGGCCGUCAACGCCGCUGGGCCAGGGCCGGCGUCACAGCUCCACGUGCCGGCAGAGCAGCAUAGAGAUCUCAGCUUCAAGGAUGUCAGCGUGGCCGGUAGCACCGUGACGGCACAAUGGGAAGCACCAAUCCCGGGCGAGGCCUAUUGCUUCGAGCAGCAGGUCCUGGCAGAAGCCCCCCAACAGGGUGUCUGCAUCCAAGAGGAAUUCCCUGCCAAGAGCAUCCACGUGGAGAAAGGCAAGGGAGCACCCCAAGCCCCCCACCUGGGGUCAGAGCUUGGUGGGGGUCUAACCAGCACCCCCGGUUCCUGCCCCAGGAGCACUGAGAGUGCCGGCGUGUCAUCGCCUUGCCGUGCACGGCUGGGACCCGGAGCAGGGCUGGGCCACCUUCGCCCUGUGGCACCACUAUGCCAACAAUGGUAUGUGUGGGAGCACAGCACAUCUAUGCCUGGUUUAACUACAGAAAGGGGUUCCAGAAACACUCCCCCCUUUUUUGGCACCACUACCUGUAGGCUCGCUGGCCGUGCCCAUUGACAUCAGCAGCGGAGAUGCCGGCGUCGUCCUCCAGUGGAAACCGUCCCCCCGCGCCGCCUGUCCUGGGGUGCUGGCCAAGUACCUCAUCUGCCACAUGGCCGAGAGGGCCAACAUGACCUGUGAGUGGGACUCCUCUAGCCCUGUGGGGCAGGAGGAGGGUGCUGCCCAGGCAGCUGCCAGACUGCUGCCCAUUUGUUGUUUGCCCAGACAGUGAAGCUGAUGCCACAGCAGUGAACUACACCCUCCAAAACCUCCAGCCCGGCACAGCCUACAGGGUGGGUGUUUGGGAA